AUGGCAGGCGGUCACAUGAAAUACCGCCACCUCAGUCGGUCGUCGUCGCAUCGCCAGGCACUCCUGCGAAACCUCGUCACAUCGCUCUUCAAGCACGAAACGAUUGCGACAACAUGGCACAAGGCGAAGGAAGCCCAGCGGUUAGCCGAGAAGCUGAUUACCCUGGGGAAGAAGAACACAGAGGCGACACGGCGGAGAGCGACGCAGAUAUUCUACGAACCAAAUGAAAUGGUACCCAAGCUAUUCGGCCCCAUAAGGAAGCGCUACGAAGCCAGACCCGGCGGCUACACUCGAGUCCUCCGUAUUGAGCCCAUGAAAGAAGACCAGGCCGAAUCCGCCAUCCUCGAACUCGUAGACGGACCAAAAGACAUGCGCUUCGCCAUGACCGCAAAAACACUAGCGAGGAGACCAACAAACUUAGGGUUGAGCCCGGGCAUCACAAUGCAUGUCAAGAAGGUCACACAGUUUCGCAAGGAUGGUGUGGAGGGCCUGCGGAAAAUGGUUCAGUCACUACGGAAACUACAUGCCAAGGGUGUGGAUGAGAGGAUAUUACCUGCGCCUAAGAAGGUAUACCCGGAGACUCAGAUGAAGAGGGAGAUGCACUAUCCCGAGGAGGUUGACAGUGGCAAGUACCCGAACAAGAUUAUGCGAGUCGGAAAGUCAAUGAAAGUGACGUCGAGAGCGAAGCCAAGAGUGAAGCCGAGGGCAAAGGUAGCAGAGGAGAGUAAGAAGCAAGAACACCUGAUCAAAGAGUAG